UGCGAGAAGAACAUGGUAGUUCUUCUCACCAAAUAUCAAGCCAUCGACGUUUCUGCCAUAGGGAGGCGGGGUAAUAUCGACGGUCAUUGUGAACCAAAGCUUGAGGACGUGGGCUUUGCCCGGAAGGACGAGAGGGGCAAUGUAGGGACAGGCUUCCCGGUGCUGGAGAAUUGCUCCGUGAUGGAAUGGCUUUUGGAAUAAAUGAGGCCGGGAGGAGAAGGAGUUGGGGGAAGCAUCUAGAGAGUUAAGCUCCCCCCA